AUGAGCUCAGACAAGCUUCCCAGGGUUGCUCUGCUCAUCGACAGCAUCAACCUCGGGGCCUAUACGAUCAGAGGCGUCCUGGCCGAGAUCACCAAGCACGGUGAUGCGAGAGUCAGACGAAUGUAUGGCGACUGGACACAGCCCGACCACGUGCUUUGGAAGAAGUUCCUCGAGGAGCAUUCGAUCCUGCCUGUCCAGCAGUUCGCCUACACCACCGACAAGGCCACCGACAAGAAGGCCACCGACGGUGCCAUGACCAUUGACGCCAUGGACCUGCUCCACACUGGCCACUUUGACGCCUUCUACCUUGUCUCAAACGACAGCGAUUUUUCGCGUCUCGCCUUGCGCAUUCGGGAACAGGGGCUCGCCGUCUACGGCUUUGGCGAUGCGAAGACGCCGCGCCCCUUUAUCAACGCGUAUGACAAAUUUUAUUAUAUCCAUGCCUUCGAAGCUUCGCAGAGCCUUGGCGAGACACCACAUCCCGCAAGCUCCCAUGCCAAUGUGGGCAUCUCACCGACCACGGCACCCGCCAGCUCCGGCGCUGCGACCGGUAGGCUGGACGCACAGGCCCUCAGCAUCCUAAGGGAGGCUGUGGAGGCGUGCGCUGGGGACGAUGGUCAGGCGAACCUAUCUAACGUCGGCAAUUAUCUGUCCCCGGAGUUUAAAGCUGCAAACUACGGCUUCGGAACGCUGCGCCAGCUGGCUAAAGCUUCUGGGAUUCUGGACGUGGAAUUUGUCGGGCGCCCUCCUGCAGCGGCGGUAUGCAUGGUGAGGCUAAGGGAUACCACUCACAAGCGGCCCCGGGUAGAUUAA